AUGCAGGACGAUAUUGCUGAAUUACGACGUCAACUGGAGGAAGAGAGACGGGCCAGAGAAGAGGCAGAACGGCGCCAGGAAGAGGCAGAACGGCUCCAGGAAGAGGCAGAACGGCUCCAGGAAGAGGCAGAACGGCGCCAGGAAGAGGCAGAACAACGACUGCAACCCAACUCUCUAUUUCGCCUUCUCGAUCGCUGCCACGAAUCUCUAUCACAGACGAUCCGAGUCGAGACGAACGCGACCCUGACGACCCAAGGCAACGUGACUGACCCCGUCAAUCGACUUUUUCCCAAGCGGAUUGUUCCAUGGCUUGAUUUCCCUCAGAUCCAGGAGCAAAUCUGGAAGAAACUCGAGCGUGCAGUCGGCUUUACCUCACGUCCGCUCUUUCCUUCCGAUACCCAGCUAGACUAUGUCGCAACAAAUGUCCAAGACCGACCGAUUUACUCAGAAGCGACUUUACGAAAUUUCGAGCGAGACACUGUGGAUAACUUU